GAAGGGAACCGGAGACACAACAAACAUGGCGGCGACGGUGACGAAGACGGCGGCGACGGCGGGGGCGGCGGCGGCGGCGUUGACCGAGGGUCUGGGGGUUACUCGGUGUGGUGGUCAGGAGACCUCUGUGUGGCUUUUCAAUUUUAGUUCAAAUUCCCUCCAUGGCCUUUUGUAGUCCCUUGGUGUAUCUCCAGAGUAAAUUUCAAUUUCAUCAAUGUUGGAGUGGCAAGAAAAAGGAACUGAUUUGGGGUGAAAAGUUUAUUUUCUAGGUAUAACAAACUGUAAACUUGAAAAAAAAAAAAAAAAAACAAGCGAGCAAAGAUGGGUGAGAAGAAACCAGAGCCGCUGGACUUUGUGAAGGACUUCCAGGAGUACCUGACACAGCAGACCCACCACGUGAACAUGAUCUCUGGAUCAGUCAGUGGGGACAAAGACGCCGAGGCUCUUCAGGGAGCUGGAACAGAGGGUGAUCAAAAUGGACUUGAUCACCCGUCUGUCGAAGUCUCUCUGGAUGAAAACUCAGGAAUGUUAGUAGACGGGUUUGAAAGGACGUUUGAUGGGAAGCUCAAGUGUCGGUACUGCAACUAUGCCAGCAAAGGAACAGCCCGGCUCAUCGAACAUAUUAGAAUCCACACAGGUGAGAAACCUCAUAGAUGUCACUUAUGUCCAUUUGCUUCUGCUUAUGAGCGUCAUCUGGAAGCCCAUAUGCGUUCCCAUACUGGAGAAAAACCAUACAAAUGUGAAUUGUGUUCCUUCCGCUGCAGCGAUCGAAGUAACCUGUCCCAUCACCGAAGGCGCAAGCAUAAAAUGGUACCAAUUAAAGGUACGAGGUCUUCCUUAACCAGCAAGAAGAUGUGGGGGGUUUUACAGAAGAAAACAGGCAAUCUGGGGUACAGCAGAAGAGCACUAAUCAACUUAAGUCCACCUUCCAUGGUGGUUCAGAAACCAGACUACCUUAACGACUUUACCCACGAAAUCCCAAAUAUCCAGACUGACUCCUAUGAAAGUAUGGCGAAAACCACACCAGCUGGUGGCCUCCCAAGGGACCCCCAGGAGCUCCUGGUCGAUAACCCUCUGAAUCAGCUCUCGACGCUAGCGGGACAGUUGUCCAGCUUGCCACCGGAAAACCAAACCCCGGAGUCCCCGGACGUCGUCCCCUGCCCCGACGAGAAGCCGUUCCUGGUGCAGCAGCCCUCUGCGCAGGCGGCAGUUUCUGCUGUGGCAGCAGGCAUUCCCCAGAGCUCCUCUCCCACAAGCCCUGAACCGCGGCCAUCCCACAGUCAAAGGAACUACAGCCCAGUGGCCGGUCCAAGCAGCGAACCAAGUGCCCACACGAGUACUCCCAGCAUAGGAAACAGCCAGCCAAGCACUCCAGCCCCAACCCUGCCGGUCCAGGACCCUCAGCUUCUGCACCACUGCCAGCACUGUGACAUGUACUUCGCAGACAACAUCCUUUACACCAUCCACAUGGGGUGUCAUGGCUAUGAAAACCCGUUCCAGUGCAACAUAUGUGGAUGCAAAUGCAAAAACAAGUAUGAUUUUGCCUGCCAUUUUGCAAGAGGGCAACAUAACCAACACUGAUUGGAACAUUAGCGCAUUAUGUUUUAUUGGGUUUUGCCUUUUUGUCUUUUGUACCUUGGUUGUUUUUGUUUUGUUCGGUCAUUUCUAAUAAGAUGUCUGCUGAUUUAAGGUUCAUACAUUAUAUUUAUAGAAAAUAUAAAUUUGACAAUGGAAAAAUUUUCCCUGAUUUUUUUUCCAUAGAAAUCUGGUUUGGUCAUUUAUGUGUUAGCACAGUACAUUGAUGUCUGUUUUUUCCUUUUGUUUAGACAUAAGAAUUGGAGUGCAGUCAUAACCUUAUUAGGUGUUCAUUUAAAUUUCCUACAUUUCUGAUCCAUAAAGACUCUAGGCUUAUUCAUACUCUUGAUAUUUCAGUAUAUAAUUGCAGCUAAAAUGCUAUUUCUGCCAUAUUUCAAAAUUUAGAGAAUAAGUUAUUUUCUCUUACAAGAUCUGUUACAGUUUAUUUCAGUAUUUAAUAGAGAAAUUGCCCUUAAUAAGGUUGCUCCUAACUGAAAUGCUUUUUGGUUCACAAACCUUAAGUUGAAUCAGUAGUUUCAUUUCAACUGAUAAUAAAGCUAUUUCAGUGUAGUAAAUCUUUUUUUCUACAGCAGGAAAUAUAAAACUAUGGCACAAAAGUUCUACAAGGAAAAACUCAAGACUUUAAGUUGAAAAUGGUAUUUAUUCAAAUUCUAGUUUAACCACACGGGCGUUAUUCUUUUUUUUUUUUUUUAAUACUAACAGUUUAUUCUUAAAAACAACAGGUAAAUACAUGAGAGUGCUAGAUGCCUUUUUCCUUUCGGUUUGAACCUUCCAUUUCAUCCUUCAUUCUGACAUCUUAGUUCAGGUGAGGUUAAUAACUAUAGUGAGAAUCUGUUAUUCUGUUUCUUUGAUGACCAAAGAGGUACAGUGGAAGUCACCAUCUUAUUAAAUGCAGUCCUUCCUAAAAAAAAACUCUAAAGUUUCCUUUCUCUACCUUCUAUCCGUUUGUUGUCAUAAUUUUCAAGAAAAGCUGGAUGUGGAAAUGCAUGGCAAAGUGUGGAGAAGUCGUACGUAUAGAAAGGAGAACAAGUGUGCACCGUGGGUCCCCAUCUCUCCUUCAGUUAGCGUUGAAAAUGCUCUCUGAAUCCACACCGAUUCUUACUUGCAGCUUUACCACUCUUCAUGUGCAGUGACAGUGCUGUGUGGAAACGGAAUUGUAGCCUUAGUAGGAAAGGAUAAAAAGUUGUGAAAGUGGAUAUAAAAUUUAUUUAAACAUGGUAUUCAAUUUGUUUAUAAAAAUAAGACUUCCUAAUAAAUCUAGGGUAACUCAUUUUGAGUAGGAGGCUAUUGUUUUUAUAUUGUAUAAUAACUAGCUUACUUUGAAAGUUGGUCAAAUAAAAUAACUGUUAUUAACUGUUGGCUUCUGUGUACUUUGCAAAAGUCCUGUUUUAAAUUUGACUCAUAUCUUGAAAAUAGUAAUUGGCUUCUUAAAGAGAAUCCCAACUGUUAAGCAUUUAUUAACCAAAAAGGACCUCUACUGUUACAGGAAAUAUUGACGGUAUAUGCCCAUAAAACCCCAAGUGCCAAGAUAAUGAUCCUCCACCCCCUUCCCAAGUGCUGGAAAGCCAUCCGACGAGCUCCUGUGUUCUCGGCGAAGGUUGGAAGAGCAGCAUCGAGGACGCUUUCUCCAAACUGGAACUCCCUUCCCUGCCAAACCUUGUGAAUCUAAAAUUUAUAGUUGUCUUGCCCUGUGGUUUAAAAUCACAGCUCAGAUCCGUUUUGGUGCCUCAGUUUCCACAUGUGUAACUUGGCUCUAGUAUUUAUUGGUUGCCAGAAAGAAACAAGUUGUCAUUUGGAAGCUUGCUUUCUUCUGUUUUAUUCAAAUAAAAGCAGUACUCCAAAACAGAAAAAAAAAUUUCAUUAAGUGAAGAGGAAAACUCUCAGUAAAGCCGACAUAUUGACUAUACGUUUUGGGCCAGACAGUGACAAAAGCAUUUUUUUUUUCCCUAACAACUGAUGAUGGAUGUUCUGAGUGUUUUUUAACUUAAAUAUGGAAAUUUUCUUUCAUAAUUAUAAACUAGAAUGUAAUCUCCUGUUACUGAGAGAGCACAGUUAGUAUUCCAAAGGUAUCAAUUCUGAAAAGCUACAAUUGUAAAUGCACUGAAACUUCGAAGGAAAUCUACCUUAAACUUUUUUGGUAUUGUACUUUUUGAAGAGUUUUAUUUAAAUUUUCCUUGAGUUAAAUUCUGUAUUUGGAAAGAUGUUAGUACCUUCCCUUACAUAUUGAAUGUUUCUCUCAUUUUAUUUUUAAUCCAAUAUUUUAUAGAAAUGAGUUGUUGGGAAAAGUUUAACAUGCACUAUUUAUAGUACUUUGCCAUUAAAAGGCAAUGUUGUGAAACUAAAUUUAUUUUUGUUCAGUGAACAUAAGUUUAGAUUUUUAAAGUUGGUAGAUAAUUUAUCUUCACUGAUAUUUUUUUAAGAAACUGUGAAGAGAUUAACAGGGAAUAAUUUUAUUUCAGAUUUUACUAAUGUAUGUAGCUACCACUUCAGAUUAAAGUAAAGGCAAGACUUUUACUUUGAAAAAAUUCCAUUUUAUGUUUCUAGUACUGUUUCAUUUUAGAAAUAAGUGUUUUGCCAUUUGUCUGCAGAGUUGUUUGACAAAGGGAAUAUUACUAGAAAAAAAACUCAGACAUAAACCUCAUU